AAUAAAAAGGGCUUCUUAGAAAAAGCUUACAUCUUUUUCCCAAUUAGAGCUAAUUGCGCGGUGUCUGUAGCCUUAAACCCCACUGAUCCCUAAAACCACACCAUUAGAACCUCUCUCUCUCUUUUUUUUUUCUCAAAUAUAAAAACUGGGUUUUUUUCCUUGUCAAGAUUGACACUACUAAUUCACGAGAACUAAAAGAGAUUUUGUGAACUCUUCCAACCAAUUUUUGCUCCUUAUGGAAAAGAAAUUUGUUGCUAUUUUAAGUAUAUGACAAUCCACUUGUUCUAGCUCACAUGUCAAGGGCAAAUGGGUUUCCAUUAAAGAAUUUUUUUUUUUUUUUAAAUUUCUGCUUUAAUCUGUGAUCUAUAGGCUUAAAUUUUUUCAUUUCCUUAAGAUAGAACCUAGUUUUGCGUAGCAGCGAAGAUGAUUCAGUUGUUGUUCUUUGUUCUUUUUGCUGAGGGGUUUGUGGCAUCUUUGCUGUUGGUAAAGAUUGGGCCAUUGAGAGACUUGGUGAUUAAGAGUUUGGAUCAGGUGAAGAUGGGAAAGGGUCCUGCUACAGUGAAAACUAUUGCUGGAACCAUGUCUGUGAUUCUGUUUUCUAGCCUCAUGAGCAUUGUUAAGAUCCAAAAUAAGGGUGCAAAGCUUGGAACCAUGUCACCUAUGGAUCAGGUUCUAUGGAGAACCCACUUGCUUGAGGCAUCACUCAUGGGUUUCACCCUGUUUCUUGGGUUCUUAAUUGAUCGGAUGCACCAUUAUCUUUCAAAGCUUAUUGGGUUGAGAAGUAGCGUGGGAUCUUCAAAAGAGGAAGUUGAAAGGCUUCAGAAAGAGAAGAUGCAGCUUAAAGAGGAGGAAGGCAAAGCUUCCAAGGAAAUGAAGCUUCUACAAGAACAAUUUUCUACUCUAUCAGAGAAUUUGAAGAAGCUGAAGCUGGAAUCUGAGCAAAAGGACAAGCAGAUUGAAACAGCUGAAGCCCAUGUUGUUGCCCUUCACAAACGGUCUGCUGACCUCCUGCUGGAAUAUGACCGAUUGUUAGAAGACAACCAAAAUCUUCAGGCUCAAGCUACAGGACAUAGGAUUUGAGGAAAUUUUGAAAGAUGCCAAUCAAGUUUUGGGAAUCUCUUUUUUUUUUUUUUUUUCACUGGAGAUAUAGGAAACUUGUGCUUCAUUGCAUGGAAACGGCAUUUGUCGCAUCUUAAUUGGGUAAAAUAGGACCUGGCUUCUUUUCAGAGAUAGGGAUGUGUUGAUUUACCAGUGUCCAAUAUUUUGCAGUUCUCUUGAGUCUGGAAUUUUUGGCCUAUCCAUCUCGGCGCCCCUUUUCUGAUUGGAGUUUUGUGUGCCUAUCAAAUUCUGAUAGCAACAAUUCUUUACAUUUUGUUUUCUCCAAUUGAUAUGGAAAUGUGUUUUAGAUUGCUGACAGCAUUCUUGUUUUGAAACAAGGAAAAGGUGGUUUGGAGCUGCUUCUUGUAA